CUCGCGUGUUUUCCGCCGUUGUUUCAUUGAGAGAACCUGAACAUGGCAUCCGACGGACCACCGGGUACCGACCAAGCCCCGUCCGAUUUGGGCACUGCUAUUGCAGCUUUGAACUCAUGGACCCACCGGGAGCUUCAGACCAAGCUGGCGGAGAUUGGAGCGCCUACGAUGGGUCUCAGAGAGGAGUUGACUGACAGACUGAAGGGCUACAUGAUUCAGACUGGGAUCCUCGUCAGCAAACAUAAGGAUGAGAAGUCAAUGGGCUCCCAGAUGCACGGUAUCCCUCCCUUGCCCCCGAUGCCCAUGCCGCCCAUGCCUCCUGGUAUGGGCAUGCUCCAGGCUAUGAGCAUGAUGCCCGGGGGUCCCCCUCCACCUGGCAUCCACAUGGGCAUGGAGCCCCCGGGUAUGUGCCCUCCUGGCAUGUCUCAGGACGAUCAGCUGAAGAUGGCCCAGCACCGAGCGGCCAUGGUGCUGCAGCAGGAGGAGAGAGCCAAGCAGCAGGCAGCGAUGAUGGAACACGAGCGUCAUCAGCCUGGCGGCCAAAUGAGAGGUAUGGAUCCUCGUGGGCCGCUGCCUCCUGGUGUCAGUAUGAUGCCGACCCAGAAACAGAGAGUGCCCCCCCCUCCAGGAGAAGAUAACAGAGAGGCCUGGCAGAAUGAGGAGGUCAGCAUCAGCGGACCAAAGAUCCCUCAGGCUCUGGAGAAGAUCCUCCAGCUGAAGGAGAUCAGACAGGAGCAGCUCACCGACCCCGCAGGUCAGAACAGCUGA